AUGGCUGACCACAACAAAGAGGCUCAGGCCUAUAAUGGCAUCAAAGGGGGGAGCGAGGAGGAACGAAACACCGACAAUGAUAGCACCAUUGACGCCCAGAACUUUUCCUACUCUGAGGAUCGAAAGAUUGGCAUUACAGGUGCCGUCUUUUUGAUCUUGAACAAGAUGAUUGGGACAGGAAUUUUUUCCACACCUUCAAGUAUUUUUGCCGCAACUGGCUCGGUCGGGAUUUGUCUCAUGCUCUGGGUGAUUGGCGGAUUCCUCACCUUUUGCGGUCUCAGCGUGUUCCUUGAAUUCGGCCUCGCAAUCCCUCGAUCGGGCGCCUUUGGUCGAUAUAUCCUUUUUGCUUCUGGCAGGGAGACUCCUGACGGUUGGGAGGCUCGUGGUAUCGCUGUUGCGUGCAUCACCUUUGCUGUUGUCCUUCACAGCACCCUACCCAAGUGGGGAAUUCGACUCUUCAAUGUCUUGGGCGUGUUCAAGGUUGUAAUCCUGUUGUUCAUCGUCUUUGCUGGAUUCGCAGCUCUUGCUGGCCAUCGCCGUGUGCCAAACCCUCACAACUUUGACCACGCCUUUAGAAUUGAAGAGGGAGACGGAUACGGAGGGGGGGGAGCAUACGCUUACUCAAAUGCUCUGUUGAACAUCAUCUACAGCUACAAGGGUUGGGAGAACGCCAACUACGUCGUCAGCGAGUUGAAGCAUCCUCGAAAGACGCUCGCCAUCGCUGCUCCCAUUGCCAUCGGCGGUGUCACGAUUCUCUACGUCUUGGCCAACGUGGCUUACUUUGCAGCCAUUCCCAAGUCUGAUCUUGCCAAGUCGGAAGUUAUCGUGGCUGGUCUCUUCUUCCGUAACAUCUUUGGAGAGAGUGCUGCUGCGAGAAGCUUGCCUGCUUUUGUUGCUCUGAGCAACUUGGGUAAUGUCUUGGCUGUGUCUUUUGCGCAUGCUCGAGUCAAUCAAGAGCUGGCUAAGGAAGGCAUGUUGCCAUUUAGUCGUUUCUGGGCGUCGAACAAGCCAUUCACUGCUCCGGCUGCAUCUCUCUUCCUUCACUGGAUCGUCACCGUCAUUGUCCUGCUUGCACCUCCAGCAGGCCCUGCAUACAACUUUAUUGUCAAUUUGUACACAUAUCCCGGCGCAUGGAUCAACGGCUUCGUCACCGCUGGUCUCAUCUACCUCCAUUACAAAAAGUCGGAGAACUGGUCGUCCCCUUGGCACACCUACCUCCCCAUCUCGGUCAUCUACAUUCUCGCCAACAUCUUCCUCGCCCUUGUACCCUUCAUUCCACCUGAUGGAGAUAUCAACGCGGAUGGGUACCCGUACUACGUCUUCCCUGUUGUUGGUGUCGGUGUUUUGAUCCUGGGAGGUGUGUACUGGAGUCUCUGGACAAAGGUUCUUCCUCGAAUUGGAGGCUACAAGGUUGUUGCUGAUCGCAGCUUUGAUGAGAAUGGGACGGAGGUUGUCAGAUACCGCAAGGUUGCUGUCAAGAAGGACUAG